AAAAAAACAGGUGUCAAGAUGACAUCAUACUAUUUUGAGAUGCAAGAAUUUGAGGCAAGUUAACCUUAUGUAAAUUAAGCAGCUUUAAUCUUUUAUGAAGACACAGAUGGUAGUCAUUAGGAUACAGAUAAAUUUAAUAAUUGGGAAGAAGGUUUGAUUAAAAUAUCAAAGUCAUCUCCAUCUUAAAGAGAUUACAAAAAAAAUAUCUGUAGAAACAUAUUACGAUAAGCUGUUAAAUCUAUGAGAAGAGGAAAAUAAUUCGAAUUUUUAUAAAUGGAACUGUAGCAAGAGACCUCUCAUUUUAUAGAUUAUUAUUAGAAAAAUUUACAAAAUAUAAAUGGAUUCAGAAGCCUCAAAAAAUAAUUAAUAAUAGACUAAAAGGACAUGGGUGAAUAAAAAUUGUGGAAACGUGUCUUUCAGUCUUAUAUGGUUUGGUUCUUGAAUUAAAGAGCUUCUCUCUUCAUUCUGAAUGGAGAAGCAAAUAAUUUUAAGGAAUACCUAAGAUUCAAAAAUGAAGUUAUGUUGUUUUAUGCAUAAUUUCCUGAACAAUGGUGUUCAAAUGAACCAUCCUGGAAAAAUUGUAAUUGAUUAUUCAAUUACAACCAGAAU